UGUCAUUUGCACAUCACUCACUAGUGCAAACGUCAAAUUAAAAUAGAAAAAAGUUAAUUCAGUACACUUCGCUUGAAUUCCGUUUUCUUUUUAUAAAACAUUUUAAAUUUGGUUAUUAACGUUUAAUUUAUAAGUAAGCUUUGAAAAUAAUUUUUAUAAUAAAAUGGAUGUAACUGAAGAUAAUUUGGCCACAUUGGCGAACUACUUGCAGCAAACAUUGAAUCCCGAUCCCAAUGUCAGAAGACCCGCGGAGAAAUUCCUUGAAGGUGUGGAAGUGAACCAGAACUAUGCUGUGUUACUGCUCCAUCUUGUAGAGAAGGAAGCGGCGGACAUGACCAUCCGUGUCGCCGCUGCUAUAGCCUUCAAGAACUACAUAAAAAGAAACUGGCCUGUGGAAGAUGAAAGCGCCGACAGAAUCCACUUGUCAGAUCGCAACGCCAUCAAGAAUCUCAUCGUCUCACUGAUGCUAAAGUCACCAGAGGCUAUCCAGAGACAGUUCAGCGAUGCUGUGUCGAUCAUCGGCAAAUACGAUUUCCCUGAGAAGUGGCCCACGCUUAUACCAGAAAUGGUUGAGAAGUUUGCCACAGGUGACUUCCACGUUAUCAAUGGUGUACUGCGAACUGCUCAUUCAUUGUUCAAGAGGUAUCGUUACGAAUUCAAAUCACAAAAACUGUGGGAGGAAAUUAAACACGUUCUGGAUAAUUUUGCCAAACCCUUGACAGAUUUGUUUGUGGCCACAUUAGACCUAGCGACCAAGCACGCAGAUAACCCGCAAGCACUACGUGUGAUCUAUGGCUCCCUAGUGCUCAUAUGUAAAGUCUUCUACUCACUCAAUUACCAAGAUUUGCCUGAAUUCUUCGAAGACAAUAUGCCUAUAUGGAUGCCAAACCUGCUAAAUCUUCUGCAAGUUAAAGUGCCUUGCCUGGAAACCAGUGCCGACGACGAGAACCCCGGCGUGCUGGAACAACUACGUACAGAGGUUUGCGAGUGCGCGGCCCUGUACGCAUUAAAGUACGAGGAGGAGUUUGGACCUCACGCGCCCUCCUUCGUCACCGCCGUGUGGACCGUGCUGCUCGCUACCGGUCCGCAGCCCAAAUAUGACGCCUUAGUGUCCAAUGCACUCACAUUCCUUGCGAAAAUUGCUGAGAAGAACAAUUACAAAAACCUGUUUGAGGAUCCUGGUACACUGAGCAGUAUAUGCGAGAAGGUGGUCAUCCCCAACUUGGAGUUUAGAGAGUCAGAUAUGGAGCUGUUUGAAGACAACCCCGAGGAGUACGUGCGGCGUGACAUCGAGGGCUCGGACGUGGACACACGGCGCCGCGCCACCUGCGACCUGGUCCGCACGCUAGUGCUCCACUACGAGGACAAGAUCAUGAACAUCUUUGGACAGUACGUGCAGGUGAUGCUGGCGCAGUACGGCGAGCGCGGCGCGGAGGCGUGGCGCGGCAAGGACGCGGCCAUGUACCUGGUGACGUCACUGGCGGCGCGCGGCAGCACGCAGGCGGCCGGCGUCACGCGCGCCUCGCCGCUCGUCGACCUGGCGCAGUUCGCCGCGCACCACGCGCUGCCCGAGCUGCAGCGCGGCAACGUGAACGAAUUGCCAGUGCUAAAAGCGGAUGCAAUCAAGUACAUAAUGACAUUCCGAUCGCUUCUGCCCAAGGAUCUAAUCAUCAGUUCAGUACCAUUAUUGGUGUCGCACGUGGGCGCGGGCGGCGUGGUGGGCACGUACGCGGCGUGCUGCGCGGAGAAGCUGGUGGCGGGCGGCCUGCUGCCCGCCGCCGGCCUGGCGCCGCACGCGCGCCCGCUGCUGGCCGCGCUGCUGGCCGCGCUCGGCGACGGCCGCGACCCCGCCACGCACAACGAGUACGUCAUGAAAGCGAUUCUACGCACACUGUCGUGCCUACAAGAGGCGGCCCUGGAAUACUUGGGCGAGGCGUUGCCCAAACUGGCGCAAAUGUUGGCCAUAGUCGCCAAGAACCCGUGCAAGCCUCACUUCAACCACUAUCUCUUCGAGACGUUGUCGUUGUCAGUUAUGUUAGUAACAAAAACAAAUCCAAAUGCAAUAUCAGCAUUCGAAGAUGCACUGUUCCCUAUAUUCCAAGAGAUACUCCAAAAUGAUGUUCAAGAGUUCAUGCCGUACGUGUUCCAAAUGCUGUCGCUGCUGCUGGAACUGCGUGGCGCGAGUAACGGCGGUGGCGGCGGCUCGGCUGGCGACCCGUACUGCGCGCUGCUGCCGUGCCUGGUGGCGCCGGCGCUGUGGCAGCGGCCCGCCAACGUGCGGCCGCUGGUGCGACUCCUCUGCGCCUUCAUCGCCGCGCGGCCCGACGCCGUGCUGCAGUCAGGCAGACUGAAUGCCAUGCUAGGUGUAUUCCAAAAACUGAUCGCCUCGAAAACAAACGACCACGAAGGCUUCUAUCUUAUACAGACGAUGUUCUACAAAUUUAGAGAGCAAGUAAUGCAGCCGUACACAAAACAAAUAAUGACGCUACUGUUCCAACGGCUGUCGUCCUCGAAGACUACCAAAUACGUGCGCGGACUGAUCGCGUUCCUCGGCUUCUACGCGGCGCAUUUUGGCGCUGAUACGCUGAUAGAUAUUAUAGAAUCCGUUCAAACCAACAUGUUCGGUAUGUACCUGGAGCGGAUCCUGAUCGCGGACCUGCAGAAGGUGACGGGCGCGCUGGAACGCAAGGCGGCCGCCGUCGGCUGCGUGAAGCUGCUCACGAGCUCGCAGCGCCUUAGGCAGCCGCCUCUCGCCGCGCUCUGGCCGCGGCUGCUGCAGGCGCUGAUCUCUUUGUUCGAGCUUCCUCCGGACGAGUCGUCGCUGCCGGACGACCACUUCAUCGAGGUGGACGACGCGCCCGGCUACCAGGCGCAGUACGCACAGCUGGCCUGCGCCCGCGGCGCCGCCAGCGACCCGCUCGCCAGUAUCGAGGACCCGAAGCGCUACCUGGCGGAGAGUCUGGGCAACAUGUCGCGGACCGCAGCAGGUGAACUGCCGCCGCGACUGGCGGCGCUCGACGAGCCGCACCGCGCCGCACUACACGCCUACCUCGCCGCCUACAGCGUGCAGAUAUGCUGACCUAACUGCACCACACCUAACGACUUGUAGGAGGAUCCUUAAUUAUAAGAAGGGAUUGAUGAAAUCUCAUAAAAUUUUAUCUAUAGGCAAGGGGAGAUAAUAAAUAUUUCACAUUAACUUUUUACCCAAACCAUAUUAUUCUGGGCUGGCACAAGCAACUCCUCUCGUGUUGCUGGUGUUCAUUGGCGGUGGUAGCCACUUUACAUCAGGUAAACCGUCUGCUCGUUUGCUUCCCUAACAGUAAAAAAAAAAUUAAAUUCUCUUCAAUUUUAUAUAAAAACAAAAAUGUACAAAAGACGUCAGUAUUGAAGUGUAGUAGGACGAAACAUAAUUAAAAAUUGUGUCCCACAAAAAAGUCGAUUUUAAUAUAGACAUAACCAGUUAUUUGUAUUUCAAAGCUAAACUACUAAAGUGAUUUCGAUAAAAUAGUAAAUAGGACGAAUCUGUAAGUAUAUCCUUACAGAUAAAAAAAGAAUAUUCCAAAUUUGUUUAAAACUGACAUAGUUAUGAGGUAACAAACAUAAAAAAACAAACACUACAAAUAAAAAGAAAUGAGACCUUAUUUCUAUUUUAAAGUCGAUUGAAAAUACGUCAAAGUAAGCUAAAUUAUUUUAAAUCUCAUUUGGGUCUCACCAAAUCUUACUAAGUAAAACGAAAAUGCAAAAUUGAAAAAAAAAACACAUUACGUAAUAAAUGUUUUUUCCUCUUAAGUAAUUUUGUAAAACGACAGUGUAUUAAUAUUUAUUUAUGUAACACAUUAAGUGACUUUAUAAUCUUAGAAAUUCCAAAAAUUAACUUGAAUUUGACUGUACAAAUUUGAAAAUAUCUUAACACUAUAUCCUGUUGUAAGAUUAAAUAUAAUGAUGUUCAUUGACCACUCCGAAAUUUUGCAGACAGUAUGUCUGAAUUACUUUUGUUACGCUCUUGUCAAUAAAGUAUGAUAUUGUCGCUGAUGUAGUCGCAAAUAAGGCCUCUAUAGAUGAUCAAGCUGUAUCAAGCAUUCAUUUAUUGCCAUUUUAUAAGGUAAAGAAGGUAUGGCUAAGUGGCAAUAGAUACGCGCUGACUUAAAAUUUUAGAUCGUCUAUGGAGUCCAUUACCUGAUUUUUAUACAUUACUAAUAGCUAUUUUUUAUAAUUCUGAGAGGACUUCAAUUUCUUAAUAUCUAAUAUAAUGUAGUAAUACUUUUCUAUUAAUAUGAACAGGUAUAUAAGAGAAUUAGUGUAAUCAAAAUAGUUCAAUAAUGUAUGAAUGUGAUAUUAGAAUGUUACGACGCUUGGCGUCUUCUCCUUUCAUUUGUAAAGAAUUUUUGUAUGAAACACCAAAUGUGACAGUGAACCAAACUGGUUGCUGGUCGAUUAUUGUAAUACAUCUUAAUAUCGGGCAUGGAUUUAAAAUAGUAUGAAAUUAUUUUGUUUAUACUGAGAGUUGUUUUCAAACAAUCAUCUUGAGGAUUUUUUUUUAUUGAUGGUUUACUAGCUGCUUGAUUAGACGCAGGUCGUCCUCUACUGAUCGUGUGGCGUGUUACAUACAUAUUUGUCGCGCCUGUCUCCCAUUAAGUUAGGCAGAAACAAUGAAACGCCAAAUGAUCAAAACAAACCUCUGUCGCUUCCUCCACGUUCAUCAAUCUUUUCAUACACACUCGCCGGUUACGGGUACUUUCAAUUUGGCCCUUCUUCAGUACGUUACCUAUUUGUUCGACUUAUGCCCGUCUUGGGCGCCCUGCUGACAUCUUCAUUCAUUCAAGUGUAGCGUGUUCUUCACAAAAACAAAUUUUGAUUUAAUAUACCUAUUAAUGAAUAUAAUGUAAAUAGUAUUUAGUAGUUUAUUUGUAAAUUUGUAUUCAUAUUUUAAAUGAUUGUAACCCCAUUUGAAAACAUAUUAGCUACCGGAGGUCUUACAAAACUAAACACUAUAAUUCUUCGGCGUCAACUUAAUUCCGGCUUUAGCCAGAGUCCGAUUUUCUACUGUUACUAUUCCAGUUUGCUUGAUCUUGUAUAUAAAACCAAAUAUUGCAAUUUCUUUUAUCAAAUUUGAAUCUUUAAUAAUGCUUUAAAAACAGCUCUCAAUAAAUAAAAUUUCGUUGUCGUAAGGGUGUUUAAAAUUUAUAAAUAGAACCGAGAGACUGAGUUGAUGAUUAAGUUUUCUUAAUGUUAUGUAUAGUUGAAUCUUUGGUUAAUAUCCGUGCUUAGUGCAAGUGAAUUUGUGUUGUAAUUAAAUAAAUGCUUCAUUAUUAAAA